CGCGCACAGGCCAAAUUCCGGAGGACUGAGAUUGCGACGAACAACCAGGAAGCGGCUAGGCUGGGAGCUGUCCCCGGUUCUCCACUCUGCUCUCGAGGCCCCCUCCCGGGGUACUUACGCCGUGUUCCUCUGUCCCGCGUGGUCCUUGCCACGACCUGGGCUCCGGCCCGGGACGAUCACUCCGGAGCCACCAUGUCAUCCGACUUCGAAGGCUACGAGCAGGACUUCGCGGUGCUCACGGCAGAGAUCACCAGCAAGAUUGCGAGGGUCCCCCGACUCCCUCCUGAUGAGAAGAAGCAGAUGGUUGCAAAUGUGGAGAAACAGCUCGAAGAAGCAAAAGAACUGCUUGAACAGAUGGAUCUGGAAGUCCGAGAGAUACCACCCCAAAGUCGAGGAAUGUACAGCAACAGGAUGCGAAGCUACAAGCAAGAAAUGGGCAAACUUGAAACAGAUUUUAAAAGGUCACGGAUCGCCUACAGUGACGAAGUACGGAAUGAGCUCCUAGGGGAUGAUGGGAAUUCCUCGGAGAACCAGUUGAUAAAAUUACGUGAAGAGAGGGCACAUCUGCUCGAUAACACAGAGAGGCUGGAAAGGUCAUCUCGGAGACUAGAGGCUGGAUACCAAAUAGCAGUGGAAACCGAGCAAAUUGGCCAGGAGAUGUUGGAAAACCUCAGUCAUGACAGAGAAAAAAUACAGCGUGCACGUGAACGACUUCGGGAAACAGAUGCUAACUUGGGGAAAAGCUCCAGGGUUCUGACGGGGAUGUUGCGAAGAAUCAUCCAGAACCGCAUCCUGGUCGUCAUCUUGGCCAUCAUCCUGGUCGUCACCAUCCUGAUGGCGAUCACUUUUUCUGUCAGAAGACACUGAUGGAUCUGCUCUUCCCUGAUAAACAGCAAAAACGGCUCGUUCUGAGUAAUUAAGACAAAAUGGUCACAUGAAUCAUUCUUUUGUGCUGACAGGCCCUGAAUGACCCUCCCUCUUUUCACCCCUGUUCAGCUCAAGUGCAAAGGGUGUAAAAAUAUUUUCUAUUCCUGUUUGCAUGUGGGUCGGUUUCCUUUUCUAGGCUUGUCUUCACCCAGAUUUGUUUUUUGUAGGGGAAGGUGAAUGUUUAUUUGUCUUUUGGUGAUUUCAUCUCCUAACCAAAAUAGCCUUGGUGACAUUCUUCCUUGCCCUGUGGACAUGUCAGGGGUCACGGUUUGGGAUAGGGCAUGAUGAGUCAGCCGUGGGGCAUCUGAUGGGCUGUGCUGUUUGUCACACAUCUCUUGUCACCAAAUUGCCCUUCUGUGAUGUCCAAGGAUAAAAAUGCAGAGAAAAACAGGGGCCAGAGCCAGUGACUGGCUCUAGCAA